AAAUUCCAUGGGGUGCCGCCAGUUGAAUUCAAAAUCCAGUUCCUGAAUGGAAAGGGGCACAAUUUAUAAAUUCAAAAUGUUGGAUAUGUAUGUAUAAGUAAUGUAACAGUCUGGGUUGACCAGGACACCAUAAGGUAUGUGUACAAGCUUCAUGAUUAAAUGCUGUCAAACGCCAAUGAUUGCGAUCGGGGAACUGUACACACAGGACUAACUGGUGUUUUCCAAAGCACAGUGAUGGUACAGAGGUCAGUCAGCCCUCCUUCACCCCUUUCUGUCAUUAUGUCAGUUAAUGGUUAAGCUGGAGGGAGGUUGUCCCCAAGCUGUGGGCUUGAAGUCAGCUGUAUCUCUGGGCAACCAAACUGGUCUGGGAAGAAUCGUGCAACAUUCUGGAGCUGCAGACAAGCACAACAAAGGUUUUCUUAAGGAAGGAUUGAUUCAGAAUUCCUCAGAGGCCUUGUAUCAGGGCCAUGAAGGUGAUUCCGAGGACAAAGGAAUGACAGCACAACUCUCUGAAUUCACUGGGGAUGACGGCCUCUUCCGUUCCGUUUUAAGAACGAGUCUGAACUGAUAGAGGGCAAGGAGACCUUGAGAGACCCACAGGCAAGCCUGAUCUUCUGAGCAGGACUGCAUGGUUAUCAGGUUGCCGGUGUCCGGCCUCCCUUCAGGUCUACUUCAGUUGGAAGGGGAGCAGCUGUCGGGGACUCAGGAGUUGCAGGGGAGGCUGGCUUGGAUGGGUGUAGAGCGGAGCCUGUUGGCGGCACCAUUAAGAGCUCCAGGGUCACAGUGGGAGAGGCUGUUCUCCCGGAGGGACUCCCAGGACGAGAAGUAUGGGGACCAGAUAUCUGCAGACCCUGGAGGGGCCUUGGAAGUGGAUGCAGGAAACCGUGCCCGAGAGCAAAAAGAAGAGGAGGUGGAAGAAGGGGAUGAGGAACGGCAGAAGCUGGAACCCCAACGGGCAUUUCGACAUCUUUGUCUGAGGCACGUGCUGAUGAGGGAAUUCCCCAAAGAAAACGAUGUCCCCAGAACACACCGUCCGCAACUAUAUGGAGAGGAGCAACAGGAGUGGUCACACUUUAAGCAUAACCCCCAGUUCUGUGCUCAGAAUGGCCAGAAGGCUGCUGGCUCUAGGCCCAGUCACUGGAACCCCUGGCAGGAAUACCCAGAUGUGGCCAAUCAGAUUACCGUGUUAGUUAUUGAACUUCAGCAGCUGAGAAGAGUCUGUCGGACAGGAGGGUCACCUGACUCCCUCGAGGACAUGGAGGCCAGGGAUUGGCUGGAAAGAGCAGCACUGUUGAAGCACUGUGUGGGAGUUAUGGAGAACAAUGAGGCCAGACUGGCUGCCCUCAGGAGAGAGGUUGCAGAAAUGAAGCAGGGCAAGGUCAUGGAUCAAGUGGCCUUCCAGAGGAAGGAACUGUAGAAAGCCAGCCCAAGAAAGCAGACAUGUAUACCUAAGGACUUACCCACCUUUCUGGCAUUUACAGCAAACUCACAGUGAGUGAAACAUCACAUUAUGAAUGACAAGCCAGAAGGCGCAUUUCAACUACUGCACCUGUAUAACCAUCUUAGGAUUUAUGAUUGUUUGUCUGAAAUGUAAUUAAGUGUGACAAACUAAAAUAUCCCUUUAAAUCUAGUGUAUUGCUUUAAACUACAGUCUAUUUAAAUUGCAUACAGGUAAACACUGCAAAUACAAACCCCAUUUCCAGAAGAGUUGGGAUAUUUUCUAAAAUGCCAUAAAAACAAAAAUCUGUGAUUGGUUAAUUGAUGUGAAUCUUAAUUUACCUGAAACAACAGUACAAAGAAAAGAUUUUGAACAGUUUCACUGACCAACAUAAUUGUAUUUUGUAAAUAUACACAAAGUUAGAAUUUGAUGGCUCCAACACAUUCAAUAAAAACUGGGAGGCAUAGUUACCGUUCUGUUACAUCACAUUUCCUUUUACUAAUACUUUUUAAUUGGAACUGCAGAUACUAAUUGCAGUGAUUUCGCAACUGCAAAUUUUGCCCAUUCUUGCGUGAUGCAAGACUUGCUGCUCAACAGUCUGUGGUCGCCGUUGACUGAUUCUCCUCUUCAUGAUGCGCCAUACAUUUCCUGUCGGAGAUAGAUCUGAACUGGCAGCAGGCCAGUCAGGCUCACGCACUGUGUCUACAAGGCAUGUGGCUGUAGCCUGUGCAGUAUGCGGUCUGGCAUUGGCCUGCUGAAAUAAGCAUGGAUGUCCCUGGAAGAGACGUUGCCUUGAUGGCAAUAUAUGUCUCUCUAAAAGCCUAAUAUAUGGCUACUCACCCGUGCUGUGAGCACUGAUAUACCCCCAUACAGAUAUAUUACAGGUGCUGCCUUUUACACCCUUUGCUGGUAGCUAUCUGGAUGGUCGCUUUCGUCUUCGGCACAGAUCACUCAACGCCCGUUUUUCCCGAAAAGCUGAAAUGUGGCUUCAUCUGACCGCAGCGCACGGUUCCACAGUCUUUCGGUCCAUCUGAGAUGAGCUCGGGCCCAGAGGACCCGCCGGCGUUCCUGCGUAGAGUUGAUGUAGGGCUUCCUCCUUGCAUAAUAGUGGUUCAAGUUGCAUUUCUGGGUGCAGCGACGGACUGUGUUAAGUGGCAAGGGAUUUCCGAAACACUCCCGAGGCCAGGCGGCUGCAUUUGUCACAGUAGCGUUAGGGUUUCUUAGGCAGCGCUGCCUGAGGGCUCGAAGAUCACGCGCAUUCAACAGUGUCUCUGCAUUCUCUGAAUCUUUUCACAAUAUUGUGUACUGGAGAUAUUGCAAAACCUGAAUCCUCCACAUUCUUCCAUUGGGGAAUGUUUCUUUUGAACAAUUCUCUCACAAAAGUUUGGCACAAAGGAAUGAGUCACAACCCAUCCUUACUGGCAAAGACUGUGCUCUUGAGGAAUGUUACUUUCAUGGCCAAUCAUGAUACCUCACUUACUACCAAUUACCCUGCUGAAUGUGGACUCUGCCAAACCGGUGUUACUAGAAUAUUCAGUGUAUUUUUCAAUCUUAUUUUAACUGUGCCAACUCUGGCUGAGUGUGUUGCAGGUAUCAAAUUCUGACUUUGUGUAUAUUUACAAAAUACAAUUAAGUUGAACAAAAAGCUGCUGAAAAUCCUGUCUUUGUACUUUUUCAGUUAAAUAAAGGAUCACAUGAAUUCAUA